AUGCCCUCCAUGGCGCCAGCUCUUCCUGAGCCACAUGUCUUGAAUCAGAUCAUCAUCUCGCCCUCCGAUACCGAUUACCUUGAUCAACUGAUCCCCUCCAUAAGAGAAUACAGUAUCGGCAAUCGGACCCCGCAAUUGCUUCAAUCGCUCUCACGCUUUGCAAGUGACAAAGAGGCAGAAAUUGAGAGCAUUUGCAAUACCAACCACCAGGAAUUUGUCUCAUCCGUUAAUUCAUUGCUUCGGAUUCGGGAAGGAACUGUGUCCUUGACGGCGGAGAUCCUGGACCUCAACCAAUCGAUUCAGACAAGCACAGAACGUCUGGCGGAACAAAAGAAGGCUCUCGUGGAGUCCAGAGGCCAUCGACAGAAUAUUGAUGAGACCUCGCGCGCUAUUCAAGAUUGCCUGGAAGUGCUCCGCCUAGCCAACCAAGUUCAUGACCUUCUGGCCAAGAAGAACCACUAUGCAGCUCUCCGAGCGCUUGAGGAGUUGCAAAAUGUUCAUUUGAAAGGGGUGACUCAGUACAAGAUUGCGAUCAUGAUUCAACGCUCGGUACCGGCUACCCAGCGCGCCAUCGCUGAAGCGGUCAUGUCCGAUUUGAAUACCUGGCUGUAUCGAAUCCGUGAGAUGUCGCAGUAUCUGGGCGAGAUUGCACUAUUCCACACCGAUCAGCGCAAGUCAAGGCUGAAACAAAGGGCAGAGAGUAUCCCAUAUCUGGAACAUUUCAACCUGAACUCCGCGAUCGAGCUCGUAGCCGAUGAAGAUGAAGAGUAUGAUUUACUAGAAAAUGAGGACCUACAAGUGGAAUUUACCCCGCUCUUUGAGUGUCUGCACAUUCACCAAUCUUUGGGGCAAAUUGAAAAGUUCCGUAUCGAAUAUGCCAACACUCGUCGACGCCAAAAAGAUCUCUUGACCCCACCCUCGAUUACCCUCAUAGACGAGGAUGGAGCAAGUCUCCACAACCUUCUAGAGGAAAUGGCUGGGUUUGCGAUCGUUGAAAGAGCCACCAUGAAAAGAGUUCCAGACCUGAGGUCGUCUGUAGAUAUUGAUGAGCUUUGGGACUCUAUGUGCCAAGCUGCGGUCGGCGUAAUAUCGAAAGCCCUUCACGAGGUAGAUAACGCAGAGAAUAUCUUGAAGAUCAAGAAUCUGAUUGCGCUGUUCAUGCAGACAAUGAAUACGUGGAAUUUCCCGGUCCUUGUAUUCGAAGAGUUUCUCCUCAAACUUUUUGAGAAGUAUUCUGAACUCUUAAAGAAAAGAUUUAGCGAUGAUUUCCAGGAGAUUGUAUCAACGGAUGACUACAUGCCUAUGCCGAUUCAGACAUUGGAAGAAUAUGAUAAGGUGCUUAACGUGAGCUGGUAUAAUCCAGGAAAAUCUCAUGAGGAACUAGUUUUCCCUUGUAUCCUGCCCUUCUCAAGGAUGUACCCACUGUGCUGCAUUGACAUUCGAAACUUCUUAAAUCAAUUUUACUUCUUCGCAAAUGACGAUUUCUCCCAACCAGGUGUUAUUGACGAUACACUCAAGGAGGCACUGGAUGAUCUUCUUUCACGCAAGGUUUGCGACACAUUGGUUGAACGUCUUUCCUCACAAUAUCUGGGCCAAAUUGUUCAAAUUCUUAUCAAUCUAGAGCACUUUGAAGCCGCUUGUCAUGAGCUUGAAAUGCUUCUUGCAGUUGCAAGGUCUCAGAACUCCACGGGCACGUCCAUUGCCCUGAGAGCAACCGAGAAAUUCCGCAGCAAUAAGAAAUCCGCUGAGAAACGUAUUUUCGAGGUUGUGAACUCAAAAAUUGAUGACCUUAUCGACUCAGCAGAAUACGAAUGGAUGUCGACAACUCCCCCGACCGAAACAAGCAACUACAUGCAGACCUUGACACGUUUCCUUUCCAAUAUCAUGAACUCUACACUCCUGGGCCUGCCCACCGAAAUCAAGGAGCUCAUUUAUUUUGACGCUCUUAGUCAUGCAGCUAAUAUGAUUCUGGCUCAACCACUGGCCCCGGAGGUCAAAACCAUCAAUCCCAAUGGAGUAGCAGCAUUAGCGAACGACGUAGAAUAUUUGGCUCAAUUCGUGGAUAGUCUGAAUGUUCCAAUCCUGCGUGAAAACCUCGACGAGCUUCAGCAGACGGUGCAAUUGAUGCAGUCAGACAAUGCAGAUGAGUUCUAUGAUAUCUCAACCCGAAACAAGAAAUAUGGCCGUGUGGAUGCCAUGCAGGGCCCAGUUCUUCUUGAAAAACUUACCCGUAAUGUGCAAGCUCCAAGCAAAGUUGACAAGUUCGCGACGCUUUCCGCACGUUUCAAGAAGACAUGA